CCCGGUGCGCGCCCCGCCCCCUCGAGCUGCGAUACGCCGAGCGCUUAACAUCCGAGGACUUCGGCCCAGAGUAACCCUGCUCGCGUGACCUUUACCCUCUAGUCUGCACCUCUAGCAGCCAGCCCGGAGAGUCGGCUGCGGUCGGGCGCGCGCUCGGCUACCUCUUGCCCAGCUGCCUCCCGAGCUUCGGCUCGCCCCCUUGCUGCCCGUCCGCACGGCUCUCCGUCAUGGCGGCUCUCAGCAAGUCCAUCCCUCAUAACUGCUACGAGAUCGGCCACACUUGGCAGCCUUCCUGUGGGGUCUCCUUCGUGCAGAUCACCGGGGGCGCCCUGGAGGAGUCCCUGAAGAUUUACGCCCCACUGUACUUGAUUGCAGCAAUUCUCCGGAAACGAAAAUUAGACUAUUAUUUACACAAACUACUCCCUGAGAUCCUACAAUCUGCUUCAUUUCUGACUGCUAAUGGGGCCUUGUAUAUGGCUUUCUUUUGCAUUUUAAGGAGGAUACUUGGAAAAUUCUACUCUUGGAGUCCUGGCUUUGGUGCCGCUUUGCCAGCAUCUUAUGUGGCCAUUCUAAUUGAAAGAAAAAGCAGGAGAGGGCUGCUCACUAUUUAUAUGGCCAAUUUGGCCACAGAAACACUAUUUAGAAUGGGAGUAGCAAGAGGAACCAUCACAACGUUAAGAAAUGGAGAAGUCCUUUUGUUCUGCAUCACAGCUGCCAUGUACAUGUUCUUUUUCAGAUGCAAAGAUGGUUUGAAAGGAUUUACAUUCUCUGCCCUCAGGUUUAUUGUAGGGAAGGAAGAAAUUCCCACACAUUCUUACUCACCAGAAGUGGCAUAUGCAAAAGUGGAACAGAAGACAGAGAAACAUGAGGAAAAGCCAAGAAGAAUGAAUGUAAUUGCUCUAAUCAGGAAACUUGUGGAUUCAGUAUGUAAGCAUGGACCAAGGCAUAGAUGUUGCAAACACUAUGAAGAUAAUUGCAUCUCUUAUUGCAUUAAAGGUUUCAUCAGAAUGUUUAGCGUGGGAUACUUGAUCCAGUGCUGCCUCCGAAUUCCCUCUGCAUUUCGGCAUCUGUUUACACAGCCAUCCCGGCUAUUUUCUCUCUUCUACAAUAAAGAAAACUUCCAGCUCGGAGCUUUUCUGGGCUCUUUUGUUAGUAUAUACAAGGGUACUAGUUGCUUCCUGCGCUGGGUCAGAAACCUGGAUGAUGAAUUGCAUGCUAUUAUAGCUGGCUUUUUGGCAGGAGUAUCAAUGAUGUUUUAUAAAAGUACAACAAUUUCCAUGUAUUUAGCUUCCAAGUUGGUAGAGACAAUGUAUUUCAAAGGCAUUGAAGCAGGAAAGGUUCCCUAUUUUCCCCAUGCAGAUACUAUCAUCUAUUCCAUCUCUACAGCAAUUUGCUUCCAGGCAGCUGUGAUGGAAGUUCAGACUUUGCGACCAUCUUACUGGAAGUUUCUUUUAAGACUCACCAAGGGCAAAUUUGCUGUCAUGAACCGAAAAGUCCUUGAUGUUUUUGGUACUGGUGCAUCUAAACACUUUCAGGAUUUUAUCCCUAGGUUGGAUCCAAGAUAUACAACUGUAACACCAGAGUUGCCCAUCGAGUUUUCUUGAAGAUGACUGUAAUUUAUUAAUGUGACUUAAUGUUUCAUUAUUUUAUCCUGAAGAGUUAACUAUGUUGAAACACAAAGAAGGAGUCUUGAGCUUGAACUUCAGUGUUAUUUCAAUGAGAGAUACUCUUUUCUUGUUAGUUUUUCUUACCAGUCAGAAGUACAGAAGCUUUUUAGGAAGGUGUUGCUUAAUAAUUAAGCGCCCUCUGUAGCCAGAAUCUGAUUCUGGGUCACUUGUAGUGGUUGACAUUAUGAUAUAUUAUUGAUUAAAUUAUGUCUACAAGCAAUCUUAAAUAAUCUACGUAGAAAUGUAGUAACAAAUAAGAGUAUACUUAAAAUUACUUUAAAAGAUGUUUUUAGUUCAUUCCAGUAUAAUUCUUGGUUAAAACUAAGAAUAUUUCUAUGUUUUAGGAUACAAAGGAUCACGGGUACAUGGAUUUGGUCUGUGUUUUUUUUUUAACUUUUGAAUUGGUAACUAUAGUAGUGAAAUAUUAUGGAACUGAAGUAACUCUUCCCAGACAAUGCUGCUUUAGUGUGAAGAAAUUUAAUUGAAGAAAGUGGCCAUUCUCACUUCAGGGAUGUGAAGACGGGUCUUGUGCUGUUCGGAUAAAUGCCGUGGUAUCCAUGCUCCCCUUCCACUGAUACCUUCAUCUCUCUUCAUGGUCAGUCGGGCUGUCUGGCAGCCCAGUGAGCCUAUGUACUAAUGGCAGGUUAGGAGCAAAUGGAAUUUGACAUAUCUGAUAAAGCUGAAAUGUAUGUUUUAAUCUUUUACAGAAGCAUUACACUUGAAUAUUUAAAAGCAAAUGAAGUUGCUUUUAAACCUCGUGAAGGUGUACGGUGUUUGUUUGCAUUUAUAAGGACUGAAUUCUUCAUAGCUCGGUUUGUCUGCCAUCGCUGACUUAGAAGGGAUCAAAAGUAGUUUGGGCAAAUUUGUCAGUUUGUUCCCUCUCCACCAUCCCACCUUUACAGUGGAUAUUUUACAGCUACAAACAAUAUAAAAAUCCAGUAGUUGUUAAAAAGUCCAUUUCAUCACUAUGGGAUUCAGGUUCUCUAGCCUCUUUUCAAAAACUUAUUGUUUUUAUUCCUGUUAGAACAAAGAAGUGACAAAACGUAGUAAGUGUUGAUUAUGAGUUAGUUCGGGACAGCUGUGAUUGAAAUAUGAUUACUCUUCAGAGUUUUUCAGGGAAAAGUCAUACUUUUCUAACUUAAUAAAAGGCUUAAGUGGUUAUGAUGUCUAUAGUUAAUGCAACAUAUAGGGAUAAUGGUAUAUUUUUUUAAUAUCAUUUUGUUGCUGAAAAGUUUUGGGCCGUUGUAAAUUAAUUAUGCAGUAGAACUUGUGUUGCAACAAGAAUUAUAACCCAGACUUUUAAAAUGCUUAAUCUGCCGUAUUCAAUUUCACCAAGCCCUGUAUAUUUCUGUUCACGUGUAAUCCUGUCCUCAGUUGUUAUGGCAAAUUGAAACCCAACAAAAAGACAGACUCUGAUACUGUGGUAACAGAGCCACUUUAAUGAGGUCAAAAUUUUGCAUUGUGAUUAAUUUUUUAGAAUUGACUUGUCUAUUAGGCAAUACUGUUAAGGAAUCAUUUUGGUUUCAGACUUCAAAAUUGCUUAAUAAAUUAAGUUUUCAGUUUUUAUUCCUGGAAUCAAAAUGAUGAUUGGUACUGUGUUUAAUUUUAAAAAUGAAGUAUUAUAGCAGUGAAGAAAGCACUGCUUCCUGUACCUCAUUUUCUUUAUUUAGAAAUUAUGUUUAUAAUAUUUUUCCUGUCAGUUUAAAAGAAAAACAUUUUAAUUCAUACGUUGCUGUUUUCAUGAACAUUAAAAAGGCUAUGAUGUUGAAAGGCAAAUCCUACUGAAAUUGGAUGAGAUUGUUUAGUAAAAUCUUACUGUCAAAAGGUGCAUUUCUAUGAUUUCCUUUUUUUUUUCAAGCUAUAGUCAUUUUUUAAUAUAAAAUGUAAAAUGAAAUAACCGUCAUGAAGCAGAACAUGAUAAUGAAUGUAUAGCUUUAGUGAAUAAUUAAUGAAUUUUCAGGGGUGAAAAGAGAAAUCCAAUUUGAUUUCAUUGAGGCAGACUGCACAGUGUAGCUGUUUGAGAAAACAGACACUGUGUCUGUGCUCCUGAAGACAAUCAAAAUGAUAUCUCUCUACCUCUAACCAAUCAGGUAUCAACAAACCAUGUGACACCAUAAAUAAAGUCAAAUAGAUGGUUUUUUUAGUCCAUUUAUACACUAAGGAAAUUGUGCCUAUGUUAUGUUUCUACCAGAACUGGUUACAGCGAACAUUAAUGUGUAGACUGCAAAACAGUGCAUCGGAGUAUUUGUAGUAGUGUGGUUGUUUCACUGCUAUUUCCUGUGUCAUAAAAUCCUAGGGUUUGUACCAACCCAGUAAAGACUGAGGUUGCAAGAUAACAAAUUGUCUCCGAUUUGUUCAAGCCUUGCCAAUGUUUCGUCAGAUAGUUUUAGACCAUUUUAUUACUCAUUUCUGGAAUAAAACCUUUGGUUCGGUUAUGCCGUUUCAUAAAUUCUGUGGUCACUUUGGUAACUUUUUUCUUGGUCUGUGCACAUGGUUGUCACUUGGCUGAUAUGUAGUUUAUUGUUGGUACUCAUCUGAAGUUUAGUCAGUUGUUACUUUAUUUAGAAUUGUAUCUUUUUAUUCUUUGCUCUCCGAUUUCAUAAUUUGCUUUUUUCUAUAUUGAACAUGUCUUGUGUGAUUAAACCCAAAUUGGUCAGCUGUCCUAGUACUUUCUUUGUUGAGCUUGAGCAUUCGUCUCCUUGUGGACUGUGCUCAGGCUGACAUUUGAUUUAGUUGUUAAUACUGACAAAAUUGUAUUCUGCUUGUGUGGUAUCACAGUCCCAGGUUUCUGAGUCCCCUGCCAGUGUAUAGUUAAUGAAAAUCGAUUUCCUUUUCCCGCAAAGAGCUUCGUCCAUUGUCUUAGGUCACAUCCCCCUCACUGUGGUGAUCAAGAAGCCUCUCAGCAGUGCCAGAGGGGCGGGCCCACUGGGACCAUUGGCCUGGUGUUCUUACUGCCUUGAAUCAGAGACACCGCCACGCCCUUAUACUCCUUGAAUUCUUUCUGUGAUUUAUCUGUACUGUAAAGACAGAAAGUAGAUCGACAGAAGGUGACUCAGUCAGUUAAGUGUCCAACUCCUGGUUUCAGUUCAGGUCAUGAUCUCACGGUUUUGUGAGUUCAAGCCCCGCAUCAGGGGCUGCCAGUGCAGAGCCUGACCCUCUGUGUGUGUGUGUGUGUCUCUCUCUCUAUCUCUGCCCGUUCCAUGUCUGUACUGUCUCUGUCUCAAAUAAAUAAAUAAACUUUAAAAAAGGUAGUUUGACAGAGCAACAAGAUCAUUCUUACAUGGAUGGUUUUUUUUUACAAAAGUAUUCGUUUCUGAAUUGUUAAGAUAUCUGAAAAACGUCAUCUCCCCUAACACCUUCACUUGUUGCUGCUUAUCAGCCUGGUAUUCAGUUUCAUGGGGUGAACUUGGAUAACUGAAAAUGAACGACCAAGAAAAACAUACAGGAAAAAGAGUAAGAAAUGAGUGUUUCCUUUAGGGCUGGGUUGAAACUGUGAUGAAUAAUAAAUAAGAUUAGUUAUUUGUGGAUGCCCAGGAGACUGUUCUUAUAGUUGCCUCAAGCCUGCACCCUCCUUUUCACAGCUCCUUUCCUGCCGGUGCCUUAGCUAGCUCUGCACUUCUUUCUUGUCGAAUUGGUGAGGAAGGGGGUGUCUGGGACUGAGAUCAGGGGUGUGGAUAUAGAUCCUGGGGUUAUGAUUCUUCCCUCAAGCCUGUGAUAUGGGGACCCCAGGACUGUGCUUCUGUUUCAUCUGUAGCCUCAGGUGACUUUGCUAUUGCACUAUGGUUGUGAAAAGGGUAACGACAAAGACAUGAGACUGACACUGCUGUGUGAUUUCUGGAAGUGGAGAAGGGGCAGGAACUUGGCCAUGAUGUACCAGCCCUGGGAGUGCAGCAGGGCAGUGCAUAGCCUUAAGCUUCCAGCUGUGGGGAAUAAGAUGUGUGCUACUUUACAUGAGGGAAAAAUGAGUGACUUAACUGAGAGAAAGAGUUAAUAUCUGGUAAUGCUCUCUUACUCUGUGGCGUGGCCUCUCUCUCCUUCACCUCUGCCCCAGCUCUCUCCUCUCUCCUCCUUCCCAGCCUUGGAAUCUUUCUGGCUGACCUUGUGUUGCCCGCCCCCCCACCCCCACCCCGCUCAUCCCCAAGCCUCUUGCCUUUUUUCUGCCAACUGGUGUUACAUUCCACUAACUAUCUCCUUGAAUGUGAACAUUCUCUUGCUCCCUUUGGUGGCAGCUGGGAAGUUGGGGAGGCUGUAAUGGGAUCAUAAAAAUGGAAUAACCAUUUUCAGGGACAGUGACUUUUGAUAUAGCUCUGCAUUUCUUGGGCAGAACGUAUGGAGGAUAAUUGUACAUGUGUGGAAAGAGGUGCUUCUUUGAAUGUGGGGCCUUUAAAUUCAAGACAGUCCUUGUCUUCUCAACAACCUGUGACAUCACCUGACUUGCUGUGGCUACAUGGAAGAAGCAAGAAUUUAUUUCCUAUUUCCUAUUGCUUUCUCCAUUUUCUUUCCACCUCUCAUUCAUCCAGAUGUGUCCUAAGUGAAAUCAUGUAUUGGGCUUUAUCCUUUGUCCUUGCAAACCUGCAAAUCCUUGUAAUAGCGCACACACACACACACACACACACACACACACACACCACACCACACAUACACACUUCAUCUGAUCCACAGCAGAGGCAUCAGGAUGUCAGGUGCAAUUUGUACUUUUUCUCCAGUUCACAAGCCCCUGCACUUUGCCUGUUCAGUUUUUUGUUCAGUUUAGUGCCCACCUCCCCUGCCCCCACCCUAAAGCAUAACAUUCUAAUCUUGUAAGAAAACCCCAAGCUGUGGGUAAUAGGAUGUUUCCUGGUCUUGGCACACAACAUACAAGUGUCAGCAGCUCUGUGUGGCUGGGGAGGUCCAGCCUUCCACAAGUGGACCUGUGGGCCUAUAAUGGCUGAAAUCAUCCAGGAGUAUUUCCUCUGUCCCUUAAUUUGGACCAGGCAGUUUCUGGUGCCUGCUUCCCCAGUGUCUGUUAAAUUUGAGUCAGUCAUCAGUCAACCCCUCAAGUGAAUUUUCUUUUCAGAUUGUUUUGGUCACACAAGAGGAUGCUGUGGUUAUUGGGAUGGAUUGGUGCCAAAGGCCCAUAAAAGUUUAAAGCAUGAAGUAUUCCUGUCAUUGGUCAUUAUGGGGUGGGGUGCCAAAAGGAGUGGGUGAGAGGAAACUGCACACAUACGUUUCAGUCUCCCCUCUUCCCUAUUUCUUACCUUCCAAGCACUGUGCUGUCCUACCACAUCUUUGACAUUUAUUUCUUCAGUUUGAGUUCUCUAGAAGGAAAAAGAAAGUUCUUAUUUUCCUUUUUGUUUCUGAGAGAACUGAAGGUGAGACUUAAGCAUCGGUCAAAGAAGAGCCUGCAGGAAUAUUGUGGAAUGUGUUAGAAAAAGAGAUAGCUUUUCUUCCUCUCCUCUCCCCUCAGAAGUGAGUCAGAGAGGGAUUCAUUCAAAAUGGGAAUAUCUAGAGUCAUAUUCCAGUGACACGUGAGACAGGUGUAUACUACCAGACUUGGCACAGUGAAGAGACACAGUCUAUGAAAGAGAAGGAAUGGGAAUUUUUCUCAGAAUUAUUAGUGUAGGGGCUAUGUCUGCAAGCAUUUUAUAUAUAUGUGUGUGUGAGAGUGUGUGUAGGUAUAUACAUAUAUAUAUGUAUAUAUGUUUAUGUAUAUGUAUAUGUAUAUGUUUAUGUAUAUGUAUAUGUAUAUAUGUAUAUAUGUAUAUACAUAUAUACAUGUGUAUGAACCUGACUAGAGGCCAGUGGUCAAACUAGGUAUUGACUAACAAGGUGCUUUGCUUCCUCAAAGUAUUCAAUGUUGGUGGCAUGACUUGAUUGAAUGGCCUUGUAAUGCUUAAGACUGACAGCAGUUGUUUCCACAGUAAUUUGAAAAUGUGUUCAAUGUAUUAAGAGAGGUUUUAUAUGAAUAAAGUUUUAAAAUUCC